GAUCCCCUCUUUCCUUUCCCCCUUUUAUUGCCUGCCUUCUAGCUCCAUCCUUCCCCGCUGUUCUACUCCCCCUCUCCAGAUUCUUUGGGUUGUUGUCGCAUAGGUUAGGCUGCCUUCGAUUAAUUAGAGGCUCCUUCCCCCUGCGCGUGCUCCUAUCCUAUCGUUGUGUAGGUUUAGUUCUCUCCUAAUGGCAACGAGGGGGCAGAUUGGGUCCCGAUGGGUUCUUCUUGUGAACUCAGUGGAGGCUAUGAUCCAAGGAUUGGUACCUUAAGUUUGCUUUUUGCUUUUCCAGAUAAUCCUAAAAGGAAGUCUUAUCAAAUUGAUUUUCACCAAAGAUUCAAAUCUGCUGAGUAACGUGACUGCUGAUUCAGAAGAAUAUAUACGUGUUUGUUCUUUACACAAUCAUCUCGGAAUCACAAGGUGGAGUAGGUUUCUCCUAUUUUACGGGCAAGAAUCUUACUUUGGUGCAUCUUCUUGGAUGAGAUCUAGGUAGGGGUUGAAUUGGGCGAAAUAUGGUUCACACCAGUUUCUGAUUAGUAAGUCGAUUGCAGAAGGAAAGGGAUGCUGUUCGUGAGGCCGGUUAUGGUCUGCAUAGGAAGCCUGAUAUUCAAGCUGGCAAAGGGGUUCUAAGUUCCUUUAAGGAGUUUCAAUAGCAUAGGUUUGAAGAGGAUCGGCAAAGAUGAGAAUAUGAUUAGGAGUAUAUGUAGGUGAUUGAGGGGCUUUUUGCUUGUCUAGAGAAGGCCCAUACCCCUCUUGUUUGUUCUUCUUUAAGAAUAAGUAGGGCAACAACUU